CGCUAGUCACGUCGAUCUUCGAGCAAUGCAUCUUGUGAACAGCACAUGCGCCGGACGUCGGAGUCAGCAAUGCACAAUAGCAUGACACACUUCGAACCUCAUUCAGCUAGGUCCUGUCGGACAUCACGACCCCAUCACUGCACACUGUACCAGUGAUACUCCCGAAGAAUUUUCGCUGUCAUCUCAAAGCCUGAAGGCGCCUCGGAGCUCCACGCUAUUCCACCGACGUGUGACCAAAAGCUGGAGCAAACAUAAUUAUGAGCAGCUUACUUGAGCGGCUCCAGGAGCUUGUUGGGUCCAGGGAAGAUCGGGACGACUAUGAGCCCCUCCGGAACGGUGAGGGUGAAGGCGAGGAGAGCGUGGAAACCGAAGUUGGAAGAGAGAACAGAAAGUUGAUGCGCUUCUCAUGGGUGGAUUAUGGUAUAUUCAUGCUCCUUGGUAUUUCAAUGCUGUGGUCGUGGAACAUGUUCCUAGCAGCCGGUCCCUACUUCCAACGACGCUUUCAGACCAACAAAAGCAUCCUUCAAAGCUUCCAGUCCUCAGAGCUUGCCGUAUCGACUGUCGCAAACCUAGGUACAAUCUCAGUCCUGACAAAACUCCAGGCGAAGGCAAACUAUCCCAGACGAAUCAAUACCGCACUCUUCAUAUACGUUGUCACAUUCACUUUCCUCGCAAUAUCAACGCGCAUAUUCCUGAAUAUAUCUGCAGGCGGAUACUUUGGCUUCAUUCUGGUCACAAUAUGGGCGUCCAGCAUGGCUACAGGUUUCUUCCAGAAUGGCAUCUUCGCGUACAUGUCUGGCCUGGGACGUGAGGAAUACAUGCAAGCCAAUAUGACGGGACAGGCAAUUGCUGGCGUGUUGCCAUGUAUCGUUCAGAUUGUAUCCGUGCUGGCUGUGCCCGAGAGGAGGCCCCAAGCAGAUGAUGUACCACAAGAGUCAUCAAAGUCAGCAUUCGCAUACUUCAUGACAGCGACAGGCGUAUCAGUCUUAACCCUCAUAGCCUUCUUCAUCCUCAUGGCUCGGCACCGAACAAACGGAAGCCGAAAACGACCCAUGGCUGUGGUCGAUCCAGGAGAAAGCAUUCCGCAGCUUGUAGAGCGCGAGGAGAUACCGUUGAUGCUCCUAUUCCGCAAGUUGUUCUGGCUGGCCUCUGCAGUAUUUCUGACAUUCGCCUUGAGCAUGUUCUUUCCUGUCUAUACCCAACAGAUCCUCUCUGUCCGCCCAGUCGAUUCUUCACUUCGUAUAUUCCAGCCUUCGGCUUUCAUACCGCUUGCCCUUCUGUUUUGGAAUUCUGGUGAUUUGAUCGGGCGUCUAGCUUGUUCGCUGCCGAGACUUUCAUUGGGUGCUUACCCACGCCUCCUAUUCUUGCUCGCCAUAGCGCGUGUUGUGUUCAUUCCAAUGUAUCAGCUCUGCAAUAUCGGUGGACGAGGAGCGGUGGUGAGCAGUGACACUUUUUACUUGCUCGUACAGAUCCUGUUUGGCUUCUCGAACGGCUUCAUUGGCAGCCAAUGCAUGAUGGUAUUUGUCGACUACGUGGACACGCAUGAGCGAGAAGCGGCGGGGGCGUUCAUGAGUACUGUACUUGUUUUUGGCCUUGCCGCUGGGAGUUUUGCGAGUUUCCUGGUUUCUACGGCAGUGUAAAUGCUAUGGCGUGGGAUUCGUGCAUUUACAGUGGAGUUUUUGAGUCUUGAACUACAUGAACUGCGUAUGUAAUAGAGAAUAGUAAUGCGCUUUAUGUGCUUAUAGAAUGCAGUUUGCAGCACUGAUUAUGAAUUACGUGGUUUGACUGACUACUAGAUAUGGAUAAGAUCGAGC